GGGCGGCCGCGGUUCCCAUGGAGAUGGAAGAUGGCGCCCAGGAGCCGCCAGCGCUCCUCGGCCCCGCUGCAGGUCCUGCUGUUCCUCAACGGGUGGUACAGCGCUACCUACUUCCUGCUGGAGGCCUUCAUCUUCGUGUACAAGGUGCUGCUGCUGCCCUAUCCCUUCACCAACCUGGUGCUGGACGUGGUGCUGCUCUUCCUCUACCUCGGCACUGAGGCUACUCGCAUCUUCUUCGGGUCCAAGGGCAACCUGUGCCAGCGGAAGGUCCCGCUCUGCAUCAGCCUGGCCCUGACCGUGCCGGCAGCCGUGAUGGCAGCCUAUUACCUGCUGCUGCAGACCUAUGCCCUGCGCCUGGAAGCCAUCCUCAACGCCAUCCUCCUCCUCUUCUACGCCCUGGAGCUGCUGCUGGGUGUCCUGGCGCUCCUCUCCUUCUCCAGCGUGGAUUCAUACUGAGACCCCAGGCCACGCCGAAGGACCAGGUACAGGAGGCAGCGGGUGCCCCAGCACCCAUGGUUGGGUGUCUCCCCAGCACCCAGGAGGGACCUACCAGGCAGCCCCCACCCUGCUGCCCCCCCCCCCGGGACGUGCACGGCAGCUCCAGGUACAGAGAAUUCCUAUUUUUUUUGCUACCUUCUCACAAGAAUUCACUAUUUUCCAAUAAAUAUUUAUUUUUA